GUGGCUACAAACAAGAGGAAGCUCUGUUUUCUUUGCUGACAGUAUUGUACUACUGCAAGAUAAAUAUCUGCGGCUGUAAUGUACAACAGCUAAUUUAUUUUCCAAAAAGGUUGUGUAAACUGCAUUAUAAACUGCUAUGGGAUCUAGCCAGCUGUUGUAUAAAUCCAGCAAUCUUCCAUCAAUUUUGGAUACCUAUAAACCAUCAAAUCUCAGUAAACAGGAUGAAGCAAAGCAGAAAAAAAAAAUUAAACCCCUCAAAAGAUGUAAUAAUUCACAUAUUUUAAGUGACGAUGAUGGAGAUGAUACAAGAAAGGCAGCACAAGAACAGCGCCACCUGGAGACGUAUAAAAAUAUGUACAGGUUCAGAGACUCUUUGUACCAACAAUAUCUUGCGAUGCUAAAUAAAAAAGUUCAUAAUCAGCAUUGCCAAAUACAGAUGUGUGAUCUAAACUUCCAAAGGAAAAAGGAGAUACUUGAAAGAAAGACGGGUGUCCCAGCACAUCACUACCAAUACUGCAAACUCUCCAGUGAUAAUAAGUAUUUGGAAAGUAUCCCAAAAUCCAACAGUUACCUGAUAAUAAGUAUGGAAAAUGAAUUGUCAAGAAGUGGGAUUUUGAAAAGCAGAAGAGACCAUGAACAAUUCCAUCAGCUGGUUCAUCAUAAUAAGAAUUUAAAGUUGAAAAUGACACUUCAAGAUAUUAAAUCAAAAAUGGCAACAACUAAGUCAAUUUCUUCACAUCAAAUCAGCAAAAAUGAGCUAGAAACAAUUAAUCUUGUAAAUAUUAGUGAAUUAAGUCAUCCAAGAAAAGAUUCUGAAAAAUAUCUGUCUCAGAAGCGAUACAGCAAGAUGCAUGAUGAAAUCAGUCAAAUGAUCCCAAAAUUACUUUCUCGACUCUCUGAAUUCCAGAUGAACCAAGAAAUGAAAAAUACUCAUAAGGAUCUUAAACCUCAGAAUCGUGGUGAGAAAUAUUCUAAUCAGCAUAAUUAUAUUCAGCAAUUGCAUCAAAUGUAUUACCUGUCUCUAAGCAACAUGGCAUCUUCCAGAAGGCUGCUUGAAAAAAACGGACAGUUUGCUGACUUUGAAGAACACAGCGUCAGAGAUCUGUUAGAUCAUCUGUAUCCAAAUGAGAACCAAAAAACAGAUGAAAAACACAGCAAAACACUGCAAAUUGUAGGUCCUGAGCAGAUGCAAGGGGACAUUUCUAAAAGUAAACUCCACAAAGAAAAAAAUACAGAGUCAGUGCUGUGUAAAACAGAAGUUACAAAGGAAAUAGCUGAACAGCCAAGUCAAUGUCCAAAUGGUACCACUCAAGAAAGAGUACCACUUUCUAUGGAUGAAAUUCGGAUAAAUUACCCUUCUCUGGAGUCAGUAAAAACAAAGUACUGGGUGAAUUACACGAACAAACAAGAAGAAGCAACAAUAAAGUUUUAGUUCUACAAUUCUAGAACUCUGCUUAAAGAUUUGUCAUUUGUGAUCAAAGAGAUUAAAGGGACAGUCAACACCAGAAUUUUUGUUGUUUUAAAAGAUAAAUAAUCCCUUAAUUACCAAUUCCCCAGUUUUGCAUAACCAACACUGUUAUAAUUAUACACAUUUUACCUCUGUAAUUACCUUGUAUCUAAGCCUCAGCAGACUGCCCCCUUAUUUCAGUUCUUUUGACAGACUUGCAUUUUAGCCAAUCAGAGCUGUCUCCAUGGUAAAUUCACGUGCAUGAGCUCACUGUUAUCUAUAUGAGACACACAAACUAACGCCCUCUAGUGGUGAAAAACUAUCAAAAUGCAUUCAGAUUAGAGGCGGCCUUCAAGGUCUAAGAAAUUAGCAUAUGAACCUCCUAGGUUUAGCUUUCAACUAAGAAUACCAAGAGAACAAAGCAAAAUUGGUGAUAAAAGUAAACUGGAAAGUUGUUUAAAUUUACAUGCCCUAUUUGAAACAUGAAAGUUUUUUUUUGGACUUUCCCUUUAAAGAAAACUUAAUAUUUCUAUUCAUUUUAACAUAUUGUCUUCCACUAUCUAAUGUUUAAACUUCCGAAUAUGUUUCUGUAUCUAUUCUAUGUGUCCUUGUUAUUAAAAUCAUCUCUGAUAUCAACAAAAUAACUUGUUUCUGCAUUACGGAAAUUCAUAUUGACAAGAAGCUGAAAAAGUGAUACAAUAUAUAUUUUGUGUAUUUAUUUAAAAAAAAAGUCUGUUUCUUUAACUUGUUAAUAAAUUUAGACAAUGGGCUCCAUUUAUUUAAGACCGCUGCUCCUUAACCUCUCCGCCACCUUUUAGGUGACGGAUUGAAAUCAUCCCAAUCCAAUUGGCCGCCAGUGAGCAAGGGGGCGGAAUUGCACAAGCUUUACACUAGAAAUGCUUGUGCAAUGAUAACUGCGGACAUCGUAUGCUGUCUGCAUUUAGCAAUGCCUAGCGGACAUGAUUCGCUAUAUAUCACCCUUCCUCAGUCUAAAGAAGCUCUUAUCCAGUAAUCUGAUCAUUAUUAACAGGUUGUGUUCUCACAUAUCCAAUAGGUGAUAUUCACAGUGGUCCAGUAUUUUAAUUUCCUAUAGUAAUAUAUGUGUUCUUUAGUACCCAUAACAGAAGUAAAAACCACAUCAGUUUGGAUCCAUUUUGCAUAAAUACCAGUACAAUGUUUCUGGAGCUAGCACUCACUUAUUUUUUAUACAAAAAAAGAAUGCUUAAAGGGCCACUAAAAGCAGUAGAAUUGUAUAAUUUAACAAGUGCAUAAUAAAAAUGCAAUGAUUUAAAGGGACAUUGUACACUAAAUUUUUCUUUGCAUAAAUGUUUUGUAGAUGAUCCAUUUAUAUAGCCCAUCUGGUGGUGUGUUUUUUUUUAAUAAAAAUAUAUAGUUUUGUUUA